UAUACUUUUUUUCCAAACAGUCACUAAUAUCGUAGUCCGUAGAAUAAUCAUCUAGUCAUUUCUACUUUUCUAGAUUUCUAGUCACAAUCAUUUUGAUUUGGUGUCUUCGAGUUCGAUCGGAGUUUGUAAUUGAUUUAUAUGUUUAUCAGUAAAAACCAAUAGACAUUGAAUUUGCGUUGUUGUUUGCUAAAGUAUAUAUAAGAUGCCAGUAGCUGAAGAAACGUUGUCGAUAUCCGAUGUAAUUAUUCAACUCCAAGACUAUAGUCCCACCAUACCAGAUUCUAUUACGACAUCUAUAUGCUCAGAAGCUGGAUUCGAAACAAACGACCCUCGAAUAGUUCGCUUGAUAUCAAUUGCUUCUCAGAAAUUUAUUGCUGAUGUAGCCAACGAUGCAUUGCAACAUUGUAAAGUGCGUUUGGCUACCUUGCCAACUAAAUCUGGAAAAGUUCCUAAAGACCGUAAAUUCACAUUAACCAUGGAAGAUUUAGCACCAGCACUCAAUGAUUAUGGAAUUAUUGUUCGAAAGCCUCCAUAUUUUGUUUAAGUUUUCUUUUCACUUGUACUUAAUUAAAAAUGUCUUCUUUUCUAACACAUAAUUUAUUUUAUUAUGUGCUGAAUUUUAAAAUAAAAUAAACUUUAAGAUAUCAUGUAAUUUUUAUAAAAGUAAAAUAAGUUUUAUUUAUUGA